AAAUGUUUUUCACAUAACUCCAGUCUUUACCUUCAUAAAAGAUGUCAUACAGGGGAGAAGCCAUAUUCUUGUCCUGAGUGCGAGAAAUGUUUUUCACAGAAGUCCUAUCUUUACCUGCAUAAAAGAUCUCACACAGGGGAGAAGCCAUAUUCCUGUCCUGAGUGCGGGAAAUGUUUUUCAGUCAAGUCCAUUCUUAACAAACAUCAGAGAUCUCACACAGGGGAGAAGCCGUAUUCCUGUCUUGAGUGCGGGAAAUGUUUUUCAGUCAAGUCCAGUCUUUACACACAUCAGAGAUCGCACAUGGGAGAGAAGCCAUAUUCCUGUCCUGAGUGUGGGAAAUGUUUUUCAGAAAAGUCUAGUCUUCACAAACAUCAGAGAUCUCACACGGGGGAGAAGCCGUAUUCCUGUCCUGAGUGUGGGAAAUGUUUUUCAGAAAAGUCUAGUCUUCACAAACAUCAGAGAUCUCACACGGGGGAGAAGCCGUAUUCCUGUUCUAAGUGCGGAAAAUGUUUUGCAGUGAGGUCCUAUCUUUCCAGGCAUCAGAGAUCUCACACGGGGGAGAAGCCAUAUUCCUGUCCUGAAUGCGGAAAAUGUUUUUCAAACAACUCUAAUCUUUACACACAUCAGAGAACUCACACAGGAGAGAAGCCGUAUUCCUGUCCUGAGUGUGGGAAAUGUUUUGCACAUAUGUACAUUCUUCACAAACAUCAGAGAUCUCACACGGGGGAGAAGCCGUAUUCCUGUUCUAAGUGCGGAAAAUGUUUUUUAGAGAAGUCCAAUCUUUCCAGACAUCAGAGAUCUCACACGGGGGAGAAACCAUAUUUCUGUCCUGAGUGUGGGAAAUGUUUUUCACAUAAGUGCAGUCUUUCCAGACAUCAGAGAUCUCACAAGGGGGAGAAGCCGUUUUCCUGUCCUGACUGCGGGAAAUGUUUUUUGCAGAAGUCCGAUCUUUACAGACAUCAGAGAACUCACACAGGGGAGAAGCCACUUUCCUGUCUUGAGUGCGGGAAAUGCUUUUCAGAGAAGUCCUAUCUUCAUAAACAUCAGAGAUCUCACACGGGGGAGAAGCCGUACUCUUGUUCUGAGUGCAGGAAAUGUUUUUCAGAGAAGUCCAGUCUUUAUAGACAUCAGAAGGUUUCAUACAGGGGAAAAGCAUAUUCUUGUUCUGAGUGCGGGAAAUGUUUUUUGCAGAAGUCCGAUCUUUACAGACAUCAGAGAACUCACACGGGAAUAGAAGCCACUUUCCUGUCCUGA